CGAGCGUCACUUCGGCGUAGCAUUCAUCCACCUCGGCCUCGUCGAUGUCCGAGCCAUCCCACGCGCGACUGAGCAUCUUCGGCCCUGAGUGCAGUGGAACGUGGAAGAGGGAGGGUGUGUCGAAUACGAGCAAAGUGCCUUGGGUGUCUCUACCAUCUACUGGUAUGUGACUCCUCAUGAACCGCAUCGAUGAUGGUUUGUCUAUAUAAGGGACUCUCGCCCUCAGCCAUCAUGAGCUUCAUCUUCUGGCCCUCACCAAGCCAUCUGGACACCAGCUGUUCAGGGCAGACUCCUCCUUCCUUCCCCCGUUCCACUCAAUCUCCUGGCCCUCUCUGCUCAGACGCUGUUCUCUUGCUUGAUCGCUCUCACCAUGAAACCCUUCCUCGGUGCCGUGGCGCUGGUCAUGGGCAUGCUUGCCCCCAGCGUCAUCGCGGCUCCUCCGGCCACGCCCGCUCAAAGGGACUUGCUCGUGCCGCUUGAGCAGGAACAGGAGUCUGCCCUCCGUGCUCGGCAGGCUACUAGUGCUAGCUGCAACACUCCAAGCAACCGGGCGUGCUGGAGCAACGGGUUCAACAUCAAUACCGACUACGAAACUAGUACCCCCAACACGGGAGUCACUCGGAAAUAUACCCUCACCCUCACAGAGACCGACAACUGGCAGGGGCCUGAUGGCGUCGUCAAGGAGAAAGUCAUGCUCGUCAAUGGCACGAUUUUGGGGCCCACGAUCCUUGCUGAUUGGGGCGACAAGAUCGAAGUGACCGUCAUCAACAACCUCAAGACCAACGGCACUUCCAUCCACUGGCACGGCAUCCGCCAGCAGAACAGCAUCUACCACGACGGCGUGAACGGCGUCACAGAGUGCGCCAUCCCGCCCAAAGGGGGGAAGAGGGUCUAUAAGUUCCGCGCGCAGCAGUACGGCACCAGCUGGUACCACUCGCACUUCUCGGCCCAGUACGGCAACGGCGUGGUCGGCGCGAUCCAAAUCAACGGUCCAGCCUCGCUCAACUACGACAUCGACCUGGGCGUCUUCCCCAUCACCGACUACUACUACCGCACCGCCGAUGAGCUCGUCGAGUUCACCAAGAACAACGGCGCGCCCUUCGCCGACAACGUGCUGUUCAACGGCACCAACGUGCACCCGACCACCGGCGCCGGGCGCUACGCCAACGUCACGCUGACGCCAGGCAAGCGCCACCGCCUGCGCAUCAUCAACACGUCGACAGAGAACCACUUCCAGCUGUCGCUCGUCAACCACUCCAUGACCAUCAUCGCGGCCGACCUGGUCCCCGUCCAGGCCUUCACGGUCGACAGCGUGUUCCUCGCGGUGGGCCAGCGGCUCGACGUGACCAUCGAUGCCUCGAAGACGCCGGGCAACUACUGGUUCAACGCGACGUUUGGCGGCGGCAACUUCUGCGGCGGCUCCAGCAACCCGUCGCCCGCGGCCAUCUUCCACUACGCCGGUGCCCCCGGCGGCCUGCCCACCGACCGCGGCGUGACGCCCGCGGACCACCAGUGCCUGGACAACGUUAACCUGACGCCCGUGGUGAAGCGGACCGCGCCGGUGAACAACUUCCAGAAGACGCCCGGCAACACGCUCGAUGUGCAUCUCGACACCACGGGGACCCCGCUGUUUGUGUGGAAGGUCAACGGCAGCACCAUCAACGUCGACUGGGGCAAGCCGGUGCUGGACUAUGUCAUCACUGGGAACACCAGCUAUCCGUCCAGCAACAAUCUUGUGCAGGUCGACGAGAAAGAUGCGUGGACAUACUGGCUCAUCGAGAACGACCCAGACGGAGGCUUCAGUCUUCCGCACCCGAUGCACCUCCACGGCCACGAUUUCCUCGUCCUCGGCCGCUCCCCGGACGUCCCCCCCGCAACGCAGCAGCGCUUCGUCUUCGACCCGGCCGUCGACCUGCCGCGGCUGAAGGGCGCCAACCCGGUGCGGCGCGACGUGGCCAUGUUGCCGGCCAAGGGCUGGCUGCUGCUGGCCUUCCGCACCGACAACCCGGGCGCCUGGCUCUUCCACUGCCACAUCGCCUGGCACGUGUCGGGCGGCCUGAGUGUCACCUUCCUCGAGCGGGCCGCCGACCUGCGCAGCAGGAUCCCCGACGCCGAUAAGCAGGAUUUUAAUCGGGUGUGUGCCGAGUGGAAUGCCUAUGCGCCCUCGGCACCGCCGAAGACCGAUUCCGGUUUGAAGGCUAGGCGGCCGUGGGUGGAGAAGAGUGAGUGGAUUGUUCGUUGAUAAGGUCCUGUCCUGAGUUGAUUUGGAUAUGUAAUUGUGUUUGGGAAUGGGAGACUUGUGGGGGAGAUGCAAUGGUUCCUACUCGUCGAAGACAGCGUUUGUCGUGGAUUUGCGAUUUCAGUGCGUCUCACCUAGUACUUCUGUCCUUCUCGGCUCCGACCCGGCCAGCAACGAAAGCUUGGUCACUUUGUCUUGUGUGGAAUUUUUGGCCCGGAUAGAGGAGUAACAGAGAGGGUCAUUGUUGUCAGUUUAUACGCUGUUCGCAAAAAAGGCAAUACGACCUCAGUCC